GCUUCAAGCUCUCUGGUGAGGGGCUCAGAUGUGUUGGGGGCCAAAAUGUGACAGUUCAGUUAUGCAGUUAGUAGAUAAUCGCCAGGGGUUAGAAAAUUGUUGGCGCCGCGACGUAGCCGUCAGCCUUACUUCCCUACUUCCAACACACACAUGAAUGUCACAGUUCUAAGACACGUCAAAUAGAUCGAAACCAUGGAGUCUAUCAGUAGUUGUACGUAUCUGCUCGAUAAUUCGAUUUUCUGAUUUAGCCACGAGAUGCUUGUCUUGGCAACGCAAUGAUCACCAUGAUGUCUUGGAAACACUGUAGAUAAUCUCGGAAUUAAUAAUGUGGAAACGCUUUAGAUCUCGCAAGCAGGCUGGCUCAGAAGACCCGUCCGUUUCGGGAUCGAGUUCGACAAGCGCGAUAUAUCGUCCAACCCAUCCUCUUCCAGAGCCGACGUUAUCAUUACCCGAAAGACCACUAGUACAACGCGACGAAUCGGAUCGAAGCGCAGCACCGGAUGUACAAGCCCGACUAUUCUCGUCACAGACGUCUAUUGGAUAUCGAGGACAAGAUUCGCAAGAUAGGAGAAAUGAUCCGUUUGGAUUGUUGGUCCUGCACGCGCCCGCGCAGCGGUCCGUUGACAUACUAUUCAUACAUGGCCUUGGAGGCACGAGUCUGAGGACUUGGUGUUAUAAUCGUGAGCUAGAGUAUCUCUGGCCGAAACUCUGGCUCCCAGAAGAACCUGAUCUUUCCGCUGCUAGGAUCCUCACCUUUGGAUAUAACGCGCACUUCUCGUCUAAGAAAGAGAAGGUAUCUCUUACCAUCGGUGAUUUUGCGAAUGACCUUCUAUUUCGCAUGAAAUAUGGCGAAAGGGGGCCGGAGCGCUUGGGUCAAGUCCCAAUUAUCGUGGUUGCCCAUUCAAUGGGUGGCUUGGUAUUCAAGAAGGCUUUCAUUCACGGUCAUUUGAAUGAGGAGUUCCACGGUAUAAUCUCAAGCAUAAAGGCCGUCUUAUUCUUAGCGACACCUCAUCGAGGCACGGAUCUCGCCAAGACUUUGAAUAAGAUUCUUACAAGUUCAGUCUUCGGGCAUUCACCCAAGGACUAUGUUUCGGAGCUUGCGAGAAAGAGCCCAACGAUUGACGAGCUCAAUGAUUCGUUUCGCCAUCUUGCUUCGAAACUGAAAAUCUUCUCAUUUUAUGAAACUCUCAACACAGAUGUUGGACCCAUGUCAUUCAUGAUUGUGGAAAAGUAUUCUUCAGUGCUAGGCUAUCCGGACGAAACCCCGCAUCCGUUAAUCGCCAACCAUCAUGACGUUUGCAAGUUUAAGAGUACGGAUGAUCCCAACUAUGUAUCCGUUGUGGGGGCCUUACGCAGUGUAAUCGCAACAGCGCGAAUCUCCAAAGAGACGAGCAGUAGCGCCGAAGAAGAUUUGGCUCAAGUCACCACUCUAUUAGGCAUUUCCGCUCCACCCGAAGACGAUAUCGCGGCUUGUCGGGCUGUUCGGAAAGCAGGAACCUGCGAGCAAUUCCUAGAGACCAAGGAGUUCAACGACUGGAAAGGGGGCCGUUCUUCUCCUGUCCUAUGGGUAUACGCGCCUCCCGGCAACGGGAAAUCAACCAUGUGCUCAGCAGUGGUGGAUGAUCUUUUGGAGCAAGGCCAGCAUUGCGCUUACUUCUUUUUCAAGCAUGAGAGUCGACAGAAAAGAUCUGUCAGUAAUAUGCUUCGGUCCCUAGCCUAUCAGAGUGCCCUGAUAGUUCCCAGUUAUUGUCAUGCAUUAGCAGACCUCGCAAAGUCUGGGUUGCGUUUACAUGCUUUGGAUACCGUUACUCUCUGGAAGAAACUCUACUUGCAGGUCUUGUCAAGUCUUCGACAUGAAGUAAUAUAUUGGAUCCUGGAUGGCAUCGACGAAUCAGAGUCAGUCGAGCAACUCGUAGACUUGAUACCUAUGGUUAGCGGUUCUGAACCCCUUAUUCGAGUCUUAGUGUUCAGUCGUCCUUUACCAGCUAUAAGCCGGUCAUUUCAAAGGAUAGGGGAAAUAGUAUCCGUGGAUACGAUGGCUCUGCCGAGCAAUGAAGGAGACAUACGACUAUAUGUCACCGACAGAAUCGAGCAUCUUCCAUCCAAUGACAAUUUCAGGGCAGAAAUUAUCAGUGAGAUUAUCAGACGCUCACAAGGGAGUUUCCUCUGGGCCAGCCUGGUUCUGAAUCGUAUUGUGAGGUGUCAUCGUCAGGGGCAAGUGAAACGAGUGUUGAGCGAGACCCCGGAUGGUAUGGAUGAGUUAUAUGAUCGAAUGUUGAGUACGGUUGAGAACCUAGAAUUCCAGGAAGACAAGAUCCUAGCACGAAUCCUCUUCGCUUGGGCAAUGUAUGCGAAGACUCCGCUCACGGUUGAUGAGCUUUCUGAGCCAUACUCCGAUGAAUUCGGGUCAAUUAUGGACCUGAAGCACACGAUAAGCCAAAUUUGUGGACAGUUCGUCACCGUUGACACACAUAAUCGAGUAUCAUUAGUCCAUGAUUCCGCUCGUCAAUAUCUACAAGAGUCCAGCCCACACUCGUUCUCUUUAGACCGCCAGACAGCGCAUGAAGACCUCCUAUGCAAAUGCCUCGAUAUACUUUGCGAUAGCGGUCUACAAGGAAAAAUUAAUACUCUCCGAGUGCCUAAAUUUCUUCCCUAUGCUGCGACUUCGUGGGCUUUCCAUCUUGAGAACUGCUUACCAAAGUCUGAUAGAGUAUUCGACGCACUGGUUAAGUUCUUCAGCAGUACAUCCCCUCUUCCAUGGAUUCAAUAUCUCUCCAUGAGCAAUCAUUUGGCGGAGCUCAUUGCUGUUUCUCGUAGCAUCACUAGCUUUAGUCACCGGCGCAAGAAGAUAGACGCUGGUGGGAUACAAGUUCUGAACCUACAGUCUGAUCUGUCGCUAAUAGACAGCUGGGCUAUCGAUUUGUCAAGACUUCCCGCCAGGUUUGGCAGAUAUCUCCUAGAGGAUCCGCAGCUAAUUCAUACAUGUAUUCCCGCGCUUAGUCCUACCUCGUCGGUAAUUUACCAAAGGUUUUCGGAGAGCCCAACUGCCACGUUAUCCAUCUCUUCCCCAUCGAAUUCAGAGUGGAACGACUGUCUUGCUCGAGUUUCUGCAAAUGCAGGUAGAGCCCUACGACUUGCAGUAACCGCUUCUUAUCUAGCUGUUGCCACUGAUAAGCCAAUGGGUAGAAUCACACUUUGGGAUACAACCCUGUUCCAAAGUUUCGGGGCAUUGGAUGCGGGGGAGUAUAUCGACUCGCUUGCGUUUAAUAACUCUGGCUCUUUACUUGCAUGUUGCGGGAUCUCACGGACAUGCAUAUGGAAGACCGAGACUUGUUCUCUCACGCUCAAUGUUAGGAACCCUAGCAGACAGCGCGCACUGGAACUCAGGUUUACUGAAACGGACUCACUAAUGGUAGUCACGGAUCUCGGUAGAAUUUAUAGUCUAUCCUCUAGCGAAGACAUGAAUGGCUCUGCAGAUUGGGUGCAGUUGAACCCCGCGUUAAUGCAAGAAACAAAUUUCCCCGAAGGGAUGUUCUUAGGUACACCAUCCUCGGUGUCAUUCAACAACGACUGUACCCAAAUUGCGGUAUGGUAUAGGGCGUUCCCCCUGUCUAUUUGGAAUAUAGAUCCUCCUAAAAUGGUGGCCCGCCUCAAGUUAAAGACGAAUCAAGGUCAAAUGAUGGUUCGCUCUCAUACGGGUACUACGAAAGUCGUGUGGCACCCAUCCGGUGCACAAUUGAUUGGGAUACACGGAGAAGUGUUUCGAUGGAGCCCAGUAAACAAUACGUACAAGGCAGUGAAAGAGAGAGCCGGAGUGGUCCCCGAUGAGAUACAGUGUAACCCUAACGGCUUGGUAUUCAUAACCAGUGAUGUCGAAGGAACUAUCAAGAUCUAUGAUGUUGAAACGAUGAUCAUCAUAUAUAAACUCACUUCCGAGAACAUGAUUAACAAGGUUUGCUUCAGUCCUAGUGGCUUUAGAUUUUAUGAUCUUAGGGGAUCAUACUGCAAUAUAUGGGAACCAAACUGUUUACUUCAACUAGCCGACGCAGACGGUCUGGGCGAAAGGUUUUGGUACGACGCCGACAAUAUGGAUAGUGCAUCUAUCUCGAUCCCAGCGAUUGAAAGCCAAGUUAACAGCAGGGCUACAAUUACAGUGAUGGCUACUUGCAAUAGAGCUGAUCAGCAUGUUGCAUAUAUCAACAUUGAUGGCGUCGUUGAGCUUUAUCAUCCGAUCAGCAGCAGCAGACACGUCAUUGAACAGGCUAUAGUUGGGAUAGACCUGGACGUUCUUGCCUGGAAUCAAAGCCAUGAUCAACUUGCACUGGUCCUCUUGAAUGGAGCAGUUAUGAUCAAAGAGAUUUCUACAGAUGACGCGGGACAUGGGCAGCCUUCUGUGAAGAACGUGUACAGUGAAAAGGGAUCACAACUUGAGGGACGCGGUCAUGUGAAGCAGCUCCUUUUUGACACUACAGGGAAGCUUCUUCUCGUCCAUGGUGCUAGUAAGUCACAGGUUCUAUCUUUGCCAAACGGUGAGGUGACUGCCGAGCGUGAUACAUCAGAAGCUUUGCCUGCUCAUUGGAUGCAGCACCCAUCAAGGCCAGAUGCGUUAAUAAGUGUCAGUAUCAGCCAUGUCUCAAUUUUCAGUUGGAAUCUACAGGAAGAACGCUCUGUUGCCCUAGAAAUCCCAUUGCAUCCAUCAGGACCGCUCACGAUCGAUUUAAUUUGCCAAAAUUAUUAUUCACGCCUCCUCUUACUACGAACAUCGAGCUUUCAUCUACGCGGUCCUAAUUAUGGGUUCAUAGUGCUAUCCACAAGCACAUAUCUAAGUAUACAAGGUGGUCUAGGGACUCAGACGCCGAUUAGCCCCAUUGAUAUCUCUAAAUCCAUCGUUGAGGCAGUCUUGUUCCCGUUAGGCAUACUACCUGACGGACGCUUAGUGUUCUUGGACAACAACUUUUGGGUUUGUACCGCACAUAUAUCUGACAAAACGGACAUCAUGACACGGCAUUUCUUUAUGCCACAUGAUUGGGUCACAGACUCUGGUCUUAGGCUUUGCCAGUUGCUUCAAGACGGAACGAUCCUAUGCCCAAGGAAUGGUGGGGUAGCAAUAAUACAGAACAAUAUGGUUGCGGAAUGGUAAAAUGUCUAGGUACCUAAUGGAUAAGUACCUUAGAAUUAUUAGUUCCGGUUAUUCCCCUCAAUAGAAUCAUUUUGUGCUAAGAAAGGCAUUCAUCUUCA